CGCCCAUUCAUCUCCGUCAUUGCACCCAUUUCCACCAUCCGCCCCAUGUCAUGGCUCUCCUCUCUCCACGUCACCCUUCCUUGGUACUUAACCUCUGCCAUUGCCCCGCCAGGUAUCGAGAAUCCCCGCCAUCUCUCUUCACGCCAUGCCGUCGGAUGGCCAAUGCUUCUCCCACCUCCCUAGACCCCCCCUCCCCCUGUCCUCGUUCUCUCUCUUCGACUUCGAAUGUUCCAGCUCAAGCCAGUUGCUGCCAGUACUUUCGAACCCUGCAGCUCUCCAACUUCGUCGAUUACCUCAAGCUUCGCGAUUCCAUUGUUCCAGUCCCGCGCGUACUUUCGAGGUCUACAUCUCGUUUUGUGUCGUUGAACUUCGCGAGUUCUCUAUUUCAAUCGAGCUUGUACUUUCGAAAUUUUACAUUCGGUCUCGACACCAAGGUAAGCUUGGCCCCAAUACUUCAGCUCGCCGCGAUACUUUGAGGUUCGAACUGCUGUAUCGGCAAAUCUCGAGAACAGAAGGUCAGCUGGGCAUUCAUAAAAAUGGAAUCAAGAAGCACUUAUCUCUUCGUUCGUUUCUAUUGCCUUUUCUGUCAAGUCAAUAAAAGCGGCAUGGGGACGGUAAUCGUCAUAUUCCAAAGAACUAAUCAGACGAGAAGCAAAUACAUCUUUCCAUUUGGAGGGUAGAGGGUGGCCACGCCCAGGAAUCAUUUGAAAUAUUAAAUUGCCUUUUUGGGGAGAAAGGUCCACGGUGGGACGAAAACAUAUUCAUCACCUUCGUCCUCCUCAUCUUCGCCGUCGUCAUCACCAUCGUCAUCAUCGUCGUCAUCGUCUAAAAACAAAAGUCAGCAUUUGAACGCCAAUCUUUC